AUGGAAGCCAAAGAUGUGCUCAUUUGCCCCAAUAUCCAGGAGAAACUUGAUUUCUCAAAAGAUGCAGCCUUUAGGUGUGAGGUAUACCCCUCAUCUUAUCAGGUUUUUCAAGUUAAAGAUGUUGAUGAUGUUAAAGUUGACUUGGAAAAUAAGACUUGCACAUGUAGAAAGUGGCAAUUAAGGGGGUAUCCUUGUAAGCAUGUGUGUGCUGUGGCUGGAUUUUUGCAUAAGAAUGCUGAGGAUUAUGUUGACCCAUGUUACCACAAAGAAACAUACAUGAGAACUUAUGAGUACUCAAUCCCACCAUUGCCUAGUGAAAAGUUUUGGCCGAAGGUUGAUUAUCCAAUGGAUCCACCUCCAAUCAAAAAGGCACCAGGUAGGCCUAAGAAAAACAGAAAGAGGGACCCUCAUGAGGAUCCCAAGAAACCAGGCAAACUGACUAAGCAUGGGGUCGUAAUGACAUGUGGGAUUUGUGGAGAAAGAGGUCACAACAAGAGAAAAUGCACGGUUAAAGUGUUAACAGAUUCUCAAAAUGCGGCAGAAAUCGGAAGGAAAAAAGCAAGUAAAAGGGGAAGGCUAACUAAAAGAGGAAGGCCAAGUAAAAGGGGAAGACCAACGGAGAAGGCUGCAGUUAGUUAA